GUGCCUUCCGGCGAAGGAGAGGUGCAGGUCGGUACCCUGAUAGCGCUCAUGGUGGCAGAAGGGGAAGACUGGAAGACGGCUGAGGUUCCCAGUGGUGGGGCGGGCAGUGGAGAAGCCUCCUCCCCAGCCCCCUUUUCUGUAGCUGCAGCUCCAUCUGGUGGCAGUGUCCCUGGUACAAGCGUGAUGAUGCCAGUCCUAUCUCCUACAAUGUCGGAGGGCAAAAUUGUCUCUUGGCUGAAGAAGGAAGGUGAAAAGCUGUCUCCCGGUGAUGUGCUCUGCGAGAUCCAGACGGACAAAGCUGUCAUGUCCAUGGAAGUAGACGAUGAGGGAGUUCUCGCCAAAAUAUUGGUACCAGCUCAAACGAAAGCUCAGGUGGGACAGUUGAUAGCUCUAGUGGUGGCUGAAGGAGAGGACUGGACAGAUGUGCAGAUUCCUGCUAUGGGUGGGGCCCAGGCGGAAACACCCAGUGUGGGUUCAGCCCCCACUCCUCCAAGUCCCACUGUGGGAUCGCCAGCUCCCGCCGUUGCUCAUCAGUUGCAUGGUUUAUUUGGCCCAGCAGUGAGAGCCCUCCUAGAACAAUACCAUCUGACCGGCAAGGAGAUUGAAGCCACUGGAAAAAAUAGUCGCAUACUAAAAGCAGACGUCUUGAAAUACAUCACCGACAAAAACCUCCAACCUAAACCACCUGUGCAGGUGCCACUCCCUGGAGAUAGCACAUCUACAUCCACCUCUACUUCCACCUCCUCCUCGACAUCACAACCUACCGUUCUAGGUAGGAAGAAGACCGGUUACACAGACGUUGAAAUAACGUCGAUGCGUUUAACGAUCGCGAAACGGUUGACGCAAUCGAAGAGCGAAAUCCCGCAUGCCUAUUCCACACUGCAGGCCGAGAUCGACUCGUUGUUAACGUUGCGUAAACAGUUGAAAAACGUUGGCGUCAACAUUUCCGUCAACGACUUCGUUGUGAAAGCCGUUGCACGCUCGUUGAAACAGUGUCCGUUCGUUAACAAGUUGUACGUUAACGACCAGAUUACAUCUUAUAAUGGGGUUGAUAUUUCGGUGGCCGUUGCAACGCCCAACGGGUUGAUAACUCCGAUAUUGAAGUCUGCGGAUAUGAAAACGGUUGAUCAGAUUUCGGAGGAGAUUCGGGAGUUGGCCGGUAGAGCGCGUGAGGGUAAACUACAGUUACACCAAUUUCAAGGGGGUAGUUUCACGAUUUCUAAUCUAGGUAUGUUUGGGAUCACUGAGUUUAGCGCUAUCAUAAAUCCGCCCCAAAUUGCGAUAUUAGCGGUGGGUGGGGGACAACCCUAUGUAAAGCUUGAUGGUAGAGCGGCAACGGUGAUGUCGGCAACACUGUCUUAUGACGCGAGAGCAUUGUCUGAAGGCGACGUUGCAGCUUUUAUGGAGGUUCUGCAAGGUUAUCUGGAGAAUCCGGCCUCGCUUUUAGCGUCUGAUAGUGCCUCACAUGUGGUCAAGACUAAGGUUUCCGCUGAAGCGUAUGUUUGAACAACGGUUCAUCGAUAUUUUUGUAAAUUAUUGUUCAGAUUUGAUACGAUUUUAUGCCUAAGUUUGCUUCUGGAACGUAUCAUUGUAAGGUGCCUAAAUAAUUGUGGUAUAAUAAUCUUUCAAAUUGUUGAUGUAAAAAUGAAGAUAUUAUACCUAAGGUGACACUUGAACGGUGUAUAUAAUGGUGGAAUCUAGUAAAUUCUUCUUGAAUUAUGCAUUUGGAAGUGCUACAUUGUAAAUAGCAAUAAUUACCUCAGUAGUGUGAGAGAUGAGGCUAAAUUAAUUAGGAUGGAAUUAUUUCCAGUUGUUUCAUUAUUCAAUUACAAUAAAAUUGUAGAAUUUAAACUGAUUUGUAAUAUUUUAUUUAUUAUUUAUUGUUAUUUACAAUAAAAUUGUAAAGUUUCAACCGUUUCACCUUUUUGAAUAAAUAUUUUUUUUUUUUUUUUUUGAAAGUUAUAUUAUAUUAGUUAUUGUUUCUACAGUUUUGAAGUUUAUUAUAAAUAUGUUAUAAAGCUUUAAAUAUUUUACAAGUAUAAAUUAUUGGUUGUAAUUAUCUUGACAAACGAAUCGUUCUUCUAUUUUUGGGAAUCCUAACAGAUAUGGAGAAAAAUAUAAAUGGUAAGCUAGUAAUUUUGUACAUGAGAUCAUGGUCUUACGCUUGGGGUGGAAAAUUUGGGGAUGAACUUUGUUUUUGUUUCAAUAAUGUUGAUACAUUGUUCCAAUCUUUCAUCAAAAUUUGGUUAUUUUUAAAAGUUUGCAUCACCAAUUUGAUAGUUUUCAAGACGUUGAACUUUAUUUUAAAUGAAUUAUUUAAGCUCGUUUCUUUUAAUAACCGGAGGUGUUGUUGAGUUGAAACAUUUUUAUUCAGUUGUAUAUUUUUUUAAAUUAACUUUAUCUUCUUUUUAUAUGACUUUAGCAUUCCUGGUAGUGAUUUACUCGCCAAUUCCAACGUACAAUAAUAUUGUCUUUCACGUACAAAUUUAUUCGUGUUUGUUUGCUAGUCUGUUUUUUAGAAGAUUAAAGAUUUUGUAGCUGUCAAAAUGGGAUAUAUUUUCUUUUUUACAAAGCUUUAUGUGUUCUUAUUGGUUCAAAACUAAUUGUAUAGCUUUAUGUUCAUGUUAUGUAGCUGGAAUGUAGUGUUGACUAUAUUUGUAUUCUAUUGUUACCUGAACAACAUUGUAUCUAUCAGGGUUCAGCCUGUGAAUGUUUUUAUAAUUUUGAUCUUGACAUUGUUAGCGAUUUGUUUUAAAUAUAUAUAUUUUCGUACAAUUCAGCAAA